AUGCCAGAUCUGGGCAUGCAACAGACAUGGACUAUCUCCGACUUGCCCUGGGGAGUCGCGAUGAAAGUACAACACGACAAGCCAGAAGCAGAACUCACUACAUCCCUUGAACCGGAUCUGACAAGCGCGAUUUCGUGGUUUCUCUCCAAGACAUCGCCCGCGCUGAAGAAGAAAAAACACUAUUUCGAAGCCCAGCUGGCCUUUCUGUACCUAUACAUGCUGCUCUGCUCGCCCAAUGACAAUAGCUACACAUACACCCUCACCUCGGAGAUCCCCAUCGGAGCAGGACUCGGGAGCAGCGCCAGUGUCUCUGUGUGUAUCAGCACUGCGCUGUUGCUUCGGUCGGGAUACCUCCAGUCUGUCCGCUGUCUCGAGGAUGAGGAAUCUAGACAACCAUCCCUGGACGCCAUCAACCGCUGGGCUUUUGUCGGGGAGAUGUGCAUCCACGGCCGACCCAGUGGGCUGGACAAUACCGUAGCCACCAUGGGAAAGGCAAUCUGCUUCUCCCGACCCGGUGGAGGCCAACAGAUGAAAACCGCAGCGUUGGGGAGUAUCCCCGAACUGCCUCUGCUGAUAAUAAACUCGAACAUAUCACGCUCCGGCGCGACUCAAAUCGCCAAAGUGCGAGACGCGCGAGACAGCGAUCCCAAACGCGUCGAUCGCCUGUUCGACACCAUCGACCGUGUUACUCUGCUGGCGAUCGUGAAGUUGACAGAAACCAUUCGCGACGAGAAGACUCUCGCGACACUAGUCCACUGCCUGAGCGAGUUGAUUCAAAUCAACCAUCGAAUGCUGGUCGCGCUGGGCGUUUCUCACGGUCGACUCGAACGCGUGCGUCACCUUUUGGAUGGGCGAAAAUUGGCGUAUACUAAGCUGACGGGUGCUGGGGGCGGAGGAUGCACUAUUUCCCUGUUGCGAGCUGAGCGCGAGUGUGAGGCGCUCACCGAGACACUGCAGCAGCUGGACGAAGAGGGAUAUUCAAGUGUUCUCACCAGUUUUUCAUCUGAGCCAGUGAAGGUGUCGAUUGUGGAUGGAGAUGUUGGGAAUUUGUGA